AUGGCGAAGAAGAGCGACAGCCUGCAGGUCAGCUCCAGAGGAACACACAAGAGGGUUCUGAAGGAUGGCACUGGGGGCUAUGCCAAUGAGAACACCAUGAAGAAGGUUUGCACUGGCACAAGAACUGAGUACACAUAUGCACCGUAUCAUGAUGGGUACCAGUGGAGGAAAUACGGGCAAAAGAUGAUCCGCGGCAAUGUCUUCCCAAGGUGCUACUAUAGGUGCACGUACCAUCAAGAUCAUGGCUGCCCCGCGAGCAAGCACGUGGAGCAGCACAACUCGGAGGACCCGCCCUUGUUUCGAGUGAUCUACGCCAACGAGCACACAUGCGUCGCCGCCGGCGCCUCCGCCUCCGACUACAUGGCUUCCUCCAUGAAAAUCCAGCAGAUCGCCGACGCCUCCCUGAGAAGGCCGGAGGUGGACGAAAGGCCGCCUCGCCUUGACGACGAAGCUCGCCGCGGCGGUGGCUAUGCCUAUGACAUGGCGGCGGCGAUGAAAGAAGAGAAGGACGCCAUCGUGUCCUCGCUGCUCACUGUCAUCAGAGGUGGCGGCCACGUUGCAGGAUCCGGUACUAGUAACGACGGCACCGCCGCCGCCGCCGCCGCUACCUUGCUGCCGGCGAGCAGCUGCCGUACGGCGGCGCCAUUGUCGCCGCCGCCGGUGGCUAGAAGCAACCGUCGUCGGAGCUGCGGCGGCGGCGGCUCUGUGGUUUCGCCGGCGUCCGACGACCUGGAGUUACUGGACUUCACGCUGGAGUCAGUACUGGAGCCCCACUGGGUGGAGCCUCUGGAUUUGGCUUGGUUCAAAGAAUAA